AUGUCAGCCAUUGUCAAUGUGAUAGUUCUCCUGGGCUGCUUGCAGCUAAUUCGAGUGGAAAGCAAACAGCACGAUGUGACACUCGAGCUCAACGCCGCGUCCCGCAGCGCGCGUCUAAUGCAGUUCCUAAGGGAGCCCCAGCCAAAAUUCAAUCCCCAUCGACGAGCAGGUCCUGUGCAAAUAACACGUGUGCGGACAGGUGCCGACAGCCUGCACCCGCCCCCAGCCUGGCGGCCCCCGCUGCCGCCUCCGGUGCUGGCGGGACAGCAGCUGAUGCGUCGCGAGUUCAAUGGCAAUUGGCCCUAUAAUGGAGGCAAUUCGGCCACAAGAUUUGCCCACUCCAAGGAUGCGGCUCCCGUGCUGGAUGUGGGCAAGAGCCAGUUUUAUCGGCCCAAGGAAGCAGCUCAGUACAACUACCAGGCCAAUCAGUACACGCAGAAUUUCAAGGCCUCGCCGCAUUACAACGAGCAGACCAAGUUUCCGGGCUAUGCGCCGAUUCAGCAAUAUGCAAUACCCGUUGAGUCCACCAAAUAUUUGGCCAACUAUGGAGAUUCAGCGGGCAAACCAGCUGCCAAUCAAUUGGGUCAAGCGCCAGCUGCAAAUAGCUAUGCUGUCUACGAGGAUGCCGAUUCAGCUGCCAAGAAUGCGGCUCAAUUUGGUGGCAGCUAUCAGCAGAGUGCAGCAAUAGCUCCGCAAAAGCUGUCCAAAGAAGCCGAGAGCUAUUUGCAUUUUAUGAGCACCAACGAUUAUUUCCUGCCCAAACGUGAGCCCAACUACAAGCAGCAGGACGCCGAUCGCGACCAAAUAAGCUAUCAGCAACAGAAGCUGCUGCAGCAGCAACAGCAGCAGCAGCAACAUCUGCAACAACAGCAGCAGCAGCAACAUCUGCAACAACAGCAGCAACAUCUACAACAGCAGCAGCAGCAGCAGCAGCAACAGCUCCUGGAUAGCAGUGUGUCCUCCAGUUUUAACAAGCCUUUGCGAGUGUCGGAUCUGUUUUAUCAGCAGGAUCCGGCUCCUGCCAACUCGGCUGUGGUGCGCGGCAGUUAUCAGGCCGGGCAGAAUGCCUUUGUUGUCAAGUCGGAUGGCAACAAGUCGGUGAAGCAUAUUGUGUCCACUUCGUUGACACCUCGAACAACUCAGGUGCCACCAGCAUCGACCUACUCUCACGUUUGGCACAGUGCCCACAAGACCGAAACGCCGGAGCCCCUGCGCUUCGAGUUUACGGAACGGGAUGCCAUCCGAGGAUCGGCCAGCUAUACCAAUGCGCCGCAAGGACAUAAGCUCUACUAUGAAACACACACAUCCUCGCCUCACGUACCCACGGUCAGCGUGACGCCCAGCAUCUCCGAGGGUCUAAAGUCGGUUAAGGAAGUUGUCGGCGAGUCUAAGGAAAGCCAUGAAUAUCGUCCCCAAGAGCAAGAGCCUGUACCAAUACAACCAGUCGAGUCUCCUCCAAAGGACAACGAAGCUUAUUGUGAAAAAAUUUGCGCAAAUGUCUAUGAUGAAAACGAUGAAAUUGUGUGUGGAUCUGAUGGAUAUAUGUACACGGGAGAAUCACAGCUAGAAUGUUAUUCAUCCUGCCUUAACAUUGAGGUGUCGAUAAAGAGUAAAGGAUCAUGUGCUUAA